ACAGAGCGCGCGCGGAGGAGGGGCUCGUGCGAAGUUCCUGACAGUUCGCGCACUCCGGUUUAAAGACCAGCAUCAUAGUCGCUGCAAAGACCACCCGAAUGAACUUACGCAGCGUGUGAACAACUCACAAAAGACGGGCAGGCGAACUCAGGCCGUCUUGCGGAGCGGCGCGUACUCAUCAGCGGCUCAGCAGAGCUGUCAUGCUGCCUAAAGUCGAGUCGGAAUCUCUGGGACUCGCUCGAUCGCAUGGGGAACAGGGGCAUAUGCCUGGAAACAUGCAAGCCCCUCAGUUUAAAAUGAUGGACUACUCCUACGACGAAGAUUUGGACGAAAUGUGUCCGGUGUGCGGAGACAAGGUGUCCGGAUAUCACUACGGGUUACUGACCUGUGAGAGCUGUAAGGGCUUCUUCAAGCGCACGGUGCAGAACAACAAGCGCUACACAUGUAUAGAGAACCAGAGCUGUCAAAUAGACAAGACCCAGCGGAAACGCUGCCCCUACUGUCGCUUCCAAAAGUGCCUCACUGUCGGCAUGAAACUGGAGGCUGUGAGGGCUGAUCGAAUGAGAGGAGGUCGCAACAAGUUUGGCCCAAUGUACAAGCGAGACCGGGCGCUUAAGCAACAAAAGAAAGCCUUGAUCCGGGCCAACGGACUCAAGCUGGAGGCCAUGACGCAAGCCAUGCAAACCGUCCCAGCAGACCUCACCAUUACCUCUGCCAUCCAGAAUAUUCAUUCGGCCUCCAAGGGGCUUCCACUGAGCCACCACCAUCAUCACCACCACCAUCACCACCACCACAGCUCCUCCAGCGCAGGCCUGCCACCUGCAGACUUUGACCGCAGUCCCUUCGUCACCUCGCCGGUCAGCAUGGCCAUGCCGCCGCACGCCGGAGGACUCCAGGGCUACCAGGCGUACGGCCACUUUCAGAGCCGCACCAUCAAGUCAGAGUAUCCCGACCCUUACACAAGCUCGCCGGAGUCCCUCAUGGGCUACCCGUACGUAGAAGCCUACGCGGGCGGAUCGCCGCCCACCUUCCCUCACCUGGUGGUGGAGCUGCUCAAGUGCGAGCCGGACGAGCCCCAGGUGCAAGCGAAGAUUCUAGCCUACCUCCAGCAGGAGCAGGCCAGCCGAGGCAAGCACGAGAAACUCAACACUUUUGGCCUCAUGUGCAAGAUGGCCGACCAGACACUGUUCUCCAUCGUAGAAUGGGCCAGGAGCAGCAUCUUCUUCCGGGAACUGAAGGUUGACGACCAAAUGAAGCUUCUCCAAAACUGCUGGAGUGAACUCCUCAUCCUGGACCACGUUUUCCGGCAGGUGAUGCACGCCAAAGAGGGCUCCAUCCUCCUGGUCACGGGGCAACAGGUGGAUUACGCCCUAAUUGCCUCCCAAGCCGGUGCCACACUCAACAACCUCCUGAGUCACGCGCAGGAGCUGGUGAGCAAACUACGAUCCCUCCAGCUGGACCAGAGGGAGUUUGUCUGCCUCAAGUUCCUGGUGCUGUUCAGCUUGGACGUCAAGAACCUGGAGAACUUCCACCUGGUGGAGAGCGUCCAGGAACAGGUCAACGCGGCGCUGCUGGACUACGUCAUGUGCAACUACCCUCAGCAGACGGACAAGUUCGGCCAGCUGCUGCUGCGGCUGCCGGAGAUCCGGGCCAUCAGCCUGCAGGCUGAGGAGUAUCUGUACUACAAACACCUGAAUGGUGACGUGCCCUGUAACAAUCUACUAAUAGAGAUGCUGCACGCCAAACGUGCCUGAGGACCGGCGGCGAGCCUUUCGUCUCGACACAUCGCACACACUGCUCCCAGCACCACCUCAGUCCAGCGUCAUCACCAGACAUAGCCUUCGAACGACGAAACGUGCGCCAGACGCGCACCGACUGCAUGGGUUUGCGGUGAGCCGGACACUUUGGAUCCGAAAACCCCCAAAGCGAGGGUUUUGGCUCGAAGGGCAUUUCUGCUUCAGAAGUGAACGAAUCAAGAGACCUCUAGGCUGCGGAUUUGUCAUAGUAUUGUCGAAACCAUGACUGUCAGUCGUUAUUUGUUCUGUGUGCAGCUGAUCGACACGUCCACCUUACACUCAGACUUGAGGUGGCGGGUUUGAAGAUUACCGGGAAAGGAACUGGGCGCUCUUUCAAGACUGGCUUGCCAGCAUUGACCCAAAUUUUCCAUUUGGACCUGGCCAUGUGGCCUUCCUCUGUCUGUUUUAAGGCACACAAAAGCUGGGCCCGAGCCAGUAGGCGGAGGUAAGACGGACAACCAGCCAUUUCCCGCAUCUGCGCCAACCAAGACUUUAUUCCAACACCUCACCAAAAAAAAAAAAAAUGACGCAACCUGUUUCUCUUUUCAAAUGGGCAGCCGUUUCUUCUUCUUUGUCACUCUGAGGCUGCUUUUAACUAUUUUUUUCCUCUCCAAAAGUGGAAAAGAAAAGGAUGAAUGUCACAAAACCUAUCAAGAACGCGUCCGGGUCGUAUUUAAUCUCAAAAUCAUAAGAGAGAAAUGAGAAAUUAUUGAUGACUAAUAUUUGGUCCAAUAGUAGGAAAAAAAAUGGGUGAAUUAUUUAUUAUACAAAAGUCAACUGAAAUAAUGAAUAUUGAAUAAAAAUACUGAAUAUUGAAUUUUAGAAUUAAUUAAAAUACUUUAUAUAAAAUAAAUAAAUUUUGGAGUUAAAUGUGCUAAAUUGUCAUGACAAUUUUUUUUUAAUUUAACAGUUCACAAUAAAACAAUUUUGGCAAUAAAAUGCUAAAUUGUCAUAAAAGUAAGAAUUAAUAAUCAUUAAUAAUGUUAUUAUUAAAUUAAGAAGAAGAAAAAAUGGAGGGAAAUGUGCCAAAUUGUCACGACAUAAUAUAAAUCAACUAAUACAUAAUUCAUAAUAAAACAAUUCUGGUUGUAAUCUUCUGAACUGGUAUUAAAAUAAAAAAGAAUAAUUAUUAAUAAUUUUGUUAUAAAUUUAAUAAAAAUAAUUCACUGAAUUGUGGCGGUAAAUGUGCUAAAUUGUCAUGACAAUAAAAAAAUGUAACAAUUCACAAUAAAACAGAAUUUUGGGAAUUAAUGCUAAAUUGUCAUAAAAGUAAGAAUUGAUAAUCAUUAAGAAUUUUACUAUUAAUUAAACUGAAAUAAUUCACAUUUAAAAGAAUUUUGGAGGGAAAUAUGCUAAACUGUCAUGACAUCAUUAAAAUCAAAUACAUAAUUCAUAAAGCAAUUUUGGUUGUAAAAAUGCGAAAUUGUCAUGAAAAAAAGAAGGAAUAAUUAACAAUUUUGUUAUUAAUUUAUUGAAAAUAAUUCAUAUUAAAAAGAACUUUGGCAGUAAAUGUGCUAAACUGUCAUGGCAAUUACAAAAAAUGUAACAAUUCACAAUAAAAUUGAAUUUUUGGGGAAUAAAAUGCUAAAUUGUCAUAAAAGCAAGAAUUAAUUAUCAUUAAUAAUUUAGCUAUUUAUUUCAUGAAAAUCCAUAUUAAAAAGUAUUUCUGAGUUAAAUGUGCUAAAUUGUCAUGACAAUUACAAACUAUUUACCAAUUCACAAUAAAACUGAAUUUUGGGAAUAAAACGCUAAACUCUCAUUAAUGAUUUAUUAUUAAUUGAAUAAAAAUGAUUCAUAUUAAAAAUAAUUUUGGAGGUAAAUGUGCUAAAUUGUCAGAUAAAAGAUAAUUCACAAUAAACAAAAUUUUGGGAGUAAAAAUGCUGAAAUGUCAUAGAAAUAGCUAUUAAUAAUUAUUAACAAUUACCAAAUUAAUGCAAAUAUAAAACUUAUAAUAUUUUAAAUAAUUUCUUAUUUCCUGAUUUGUGGGAUGCAGUGUGACCUAGAUUAUUCACCCUCAAAACGAUCCUUAAAAACAUUUACCUCACAACACACCUUUUUCAUUUAUUGGUGUCGAAUUUUUUCUGCUCGUUUGCAUCAUUUUGCAGUUUGCUCAUCAACAAAUGUGAAUGCGAAUAAAGCGCAGUCUCAGAGCCAGCGUGAAGAAAUACCGCGUCCGUCAACACAAGACCAAAGCCUGCAGAGAACAAAAAAGAAAGAAAGGAAAAAAAAAACAACCUUAACUAUCAGUAUUAAUAAUUUGUGAUGUCACAGUCAUGUGAGUCUUGCCUUAUUUCAUUUCCAUGCUAGCUAACCGUGCUGAUGUGAACUACGAUAUGUAAAAUAAAAAGUACAUAUAUAUAAAGUAUUAAUGUUAUACAAUUGAAAAGAAAUAAGAGGUGUUUACAUUCAUGUGGUCAUGUGGGAGAUUACUGUGAUGCGUUCAAUUGCAAAGCAAUGAUUUCAUAUAAAAACGAAACAAAACGUUCAGAAAAGAUUAUAUUCCUCUUGUUUGCUUUCUUAGGUGUGUACAGUUUUCAUCUUUCUUAACCAGUACUUAAUUAUGUCGUGAGACACUAAAUCGGAGAGGAAUCUCACUUAAUACUGAGGUUCGAAAUGUUUCUCUCUUUUCUUUUCUUUUUUUUUUUUUUUUUAAAAUUGUGCUGGCUUAUUUCUGUGGACAUCUGUUUUUACGUUCUACGUUUGAAAUGUACGUCACUGGUUAAGCUUAAUUUAUUGUUUUGGUUUCAUCCAUGUGUUCCUGCACAGCGGGGUGGGGUCAUGACUAAAUGUAUUUGUUUACUGUAGCACGUUUUUAAACAUGUAGAUACGAGAUGCAGUUACGGAGCUAAAUGGUGAUUGAGUGAUUCACAUUAAACAACCAUCGGUCCUGCCACUGUAAAAUAUCAAGAGCUGUACUGAAGUGAUCCGGUGUGACUGACUGGUGCAUCUUUUCUAUCUGAAAGUUUUCAUGAUAACGUACCUGUGUUCUAUACCAAAGACAGCGUCUGUCCUUCACUUGUGCUUACCUGUUUGCUUCACAAUGAACGGAUGAGAGCUUUGAUACUUGGGGACUGCCGUUGUUUUUCCUGAACGCUUCAUUUGACUGUGGUAUAUAAAAUUGGUGUCAACGUCAACGUGAAAUCAGAACUGAUCCAAUUUACUUCCGUACCUGUCAGCUGGUGUCACCUAGGGCAGAAAAUAAUGCUGUGUUUUAGCCGAUGUUAUUUGGUUACAAACAAAGCAAACAAAACAAAAGCAGAGGUAAUGAAAGCAAAACAAAAGCAGUAAAUGAAUCAAAAGUAAGAUUAAUAGCAUAAACGGUACUAAUUGAAAAUUAUGAUAAUGAUAGUAAGCAAAGUAAAAGCAAACAAAAAGAAAAACAAAACAAAAAACAAAUUGAAGCAAAACAAAAAAAAAAAGCAGAGGAAGAGAAAGCUGAACAAAUCAAAGCAAUACACGUAGGAAGCAAAACAAAACAAAAGUGAAAGAAAGGAAAACCAAGUGAAACAAAAGCAAAUGGAAGCAAAGCAAAAACAGAGCAAAGGAAAAAAAACAAGCAAAACUAAAGCAGUAAAUGAAUCAAAAUUAAGAUUAAUAUAGUAAAUGGUACUGUAAUAAUUGCAAAUGAUGAUUUUAAACAAAAAGUAAAUUGAAGCAAAACAAAAAAGCAGGGGAAGGGAAAGCAGAACAAAGUAAAACAAUAGAAAACAAAAUAAAUGGGAAGCAAAACAAAAUGUUGAUGAACAGUCGAUGGAAAGGAAAACAAAACCAAGCAAAACAAAAGCAAUUGCAAGCAAAACAAAAAACUAAACAGAAAGCAAAGUGAAGCAAAACAAAACAAAACAAAAAGCAAAAUGAGAAAAAACAAAAAGCAAAGGGAAAGAAGAAAAAUACAAAACAAAACAAAAUCAAAGAGAAGCAAAAACAAAAGGAAAGUAAAACAAAAAGCAAAACAAAAGCAGUAAAUGAAUCAAAAUUAAUAUGAAUAUAAUAAACAGUACUGUAAUAAUUGCAAAUCAUGAUAAUGGCAGAUUUAAAAAAGCAAAGCAAAAGCAAAUUGAAGCAAAACAAAAAAAGCAGAUAAACGAAAAACAGAACAAAGCAAAACAAUACAGAACAAAAAAAAGUAAAGGGAAACAAAAAUCAAAAGCUAAUGAAUGCAAAACAAAAGCAGAGGAAAUGAAAACAAAAAGCAAACUCAAGCAAAAUAACAAAAAACAAAAAGCAAAUUGUGGCAAAACAAAAGCAGUAAAUUAAUCAAAAUGAAGAUUAAUAUAAUAAAUAAUACUGUGAUAAUUGCAAAUGAUGAUUUUAAACAAAAAGCAAAGCAAAAGUAAACUGAAGCAAAAAGCAAAGCAACAAAAAACAAAAAGAAAAUUGAAGUGAAACAAAAAAAGCAGAGGAAAGGGAAAAACAAGCAAAACAA